AUGUCUACAGCGUCUAGAAGAAGAUUGAUUCGUGAUUUCAAACGCCUUUCAUCAGAUCCUCCAGGAGGAAUUAGUGGUGCACCAUGUCCCGACAAUAUUAUGAUUUGGAAUGCUGUUAUCUUUGGUCCGGCCGAUACGCCAUUUGAAGAUGGUACCUUCCGACUUAUACUUACUUUUGAUGAAUCUUAUCCGAACAAACCUCCGACAGUGAAAUUCUUGUCCAAGAUGUUUCAUCCAAACGUUUACGCCAAUGGAGAACUUUGUUUAGAUAUUCUACAAAACCGUUGGUCACCAACUUAUGAUGUUGCAGCAAUCUUAACAUCUGUUCAAUCACUGUUACAUGACCCUAAUCCAAAUUCGCCUGCCAAUUCUGAAGCAGCUAAUCUUUAUCGUGAUAAUAUGAAGGAUUAUAUUAAAAAGGUUCGAGCAACAGUAGAAGCGAGUUGGGUAGACGAAGGUGCAUUAGCUGGUCCAGCUGGUUCUUCUUCUUCAUGA